UUUGCUGAGAAGAGGACAAGGACCCAGGGAAAGAGAAAGCAACAGAAUGAAUGAAGUUCAAGUUCAUCCAUAAUAUUACAAUUCACAUAUUUCAAAGAAGAAAAAAAAUAACAAAAUUUCAAAUAAGGGGGAAAAACAAAAAUAGCAAAGGAAAAACCACAAAAAAUACUGAACUCUUUAAUUCUAAUUUUAUCUCUUUUUAACCUUUUCAAAAAAGACUAAAGACAUUGAAGACACCACAAAGCAAAGCAAAAUAACUAUAUGCAAGUGUCUGAACCAGAGGACACCUAUGAGGUCCUGAGGAGACACUCUCAAGAGGAAGGUGGAGAAGCUUACAUCAGCCAAAAAGCAGGAAGAACUGCAGAGGGGGUUGGGCUGGAUUUCUGAAUGCUGCUUCAAAGCCUAUUUGGCAAGAAGCCCUUCUGAGUCAACUUUGUAGUUUGAUGACUUUUAUUAAUGAUUAGCAACUUAAGCCCUAGGGUGGCAAAGAAUCCUCAUCUCUCUACUCCAAAAAGUCCAAGGGAGCAAGCUUGGAGGAAAUGCUGGGUUCAACUUGAAGCCCUUCCACAGACAUUAAGUCGGUGGAAACCAUUCACCUGGAGAGGAGAAACACAAUGGCCACCAAGACAGAGUUGAGUCCCACAGCAAGGGAGAGUAAGAAUGCACAGGAUAUGCAAGUGGAUGAGGUACUGAUCCCCAGGAAAGUUCCAAGUUUAUGUUCUGCUCGUUAUGGAAUAGCCCUUGUCUUACAUUUCUGCAACUUCACAACAAUAGCACAAAAUGUCAUCAUGAACAUCACCAUGGUAGCCAUGGUCAACAGCACAAGCCCUCAAUCCCAGUUCAAUGGCUCCUCUGAGGGAUUGCCUGUUGACUCAUUUGGUGACCUAAAUAAAGCCCCAGAGAGUCUUUCUGCAAAGGCUCCUGUGUAUGACUGGUCUCCUCAAAUCCAAGGCAUCAUCUUUGGUGCUGUUGGUUAUGGUGGCAUACUGACAAUGGCUCCCAGUGGAUACCUGGCUGGAAGAGUAGGAACAAAGCGAGUGGUUGGCGUUUCUUUGUUUGCAACUUCAUUUCUCACUCUAUGCAUCCCUCUGGCUGCUGACUUUGGAAUAGUCUUCCUCAUUGUAACUCGAAUAGUCCAGGGCCUAAGCCAGUGCUCAGUAAUUGGGGGUCAGUUUGCAAUUUGGGAAAAGUGGGGCCCUCCACAUGAACGAAGCAGACUCUGCAGCAUUGCUUUAUCAGGAAUGUUACUGGGAUGCUUUUCUGCCAUCCUUAUAGGUGGCUUCAUUAGUGAAUCCCUUGGGUGGCCUUUUGUCUUCUAUAUCUUUGGAGGUAUUGGCUGUGUCUGCUGCCUUCUCUGGUUUAUUGUGAUUUAUGAUGACCCCACUUCAUAUCCAUGGAUAAGCACCUCAGAAAAAGAAUACAUCAUAUCCUCCUUGAAACAACAGGUCAGGUCUUCUCAGCAGCCUCUUCCCAUCAAAGCUGUGCUCAGAUCUCUACCCAUUUGGUCCAUAUGUUUAGGCUGUUUCAGCCAUCAAUGGUUAGUUAGCACAAUGGUUGUAUACAUACCAACUUACAUCAGCUCUGUGUACCAUAUUAACAUCAGAGACAAUGGACUUCUAUCUGCCCUUCCUUUUAUUGUUGCCUGGGUCAUAGGCAUAGUGGGAGGCUAUCUAGCAGAUUUCCUUCUAACCAAAAAUUUUAGACUCAUCACUGUGAGGAAAAUUGCCACAAUUUUAGGAAAUCUUCCCGCUUCAGCACUCAUUGUGUCUCUGCCCUACCUCAAUUCCAGCUAUAUCACAGCAACUGCCUUGCUGACGCUCUCAUGUGCAUUAAGCACAUUGUGUCAGUCAGGGAUUUAUAUCAAUGUCUUAGAUAUUGCUCCAAGGCAUUCCAGUUUUCUCAUGGGAGCAUCAAGGGGAUUUUCGAGCAUGGCACCUGUCAUUGUACCCACUGUCAGUGGAUUUCUUCUCAGUCAGGACCCUGAGUUUGGGUGGAGGAAUGUCUUCUUCUUGCUGUUUGCCAUUAACCUGUCAGGACUAAUCUUCUACCUCAUAUUUGGAGAAGCAGAUGUCCAAGACUGGGCUAAAGAGAGAAAACUCACUCGUUUGUGAAGGUAUCCCACCUUGGAUGGAAAAGUCAUUAGGCACCGUAUGGCAUAAAAUAGAAGGCUUCCACGAUGAAAAUAUCAGUGAAAAGAAUUUUGUUUCCUGUGGCUCUUUUCAGUUACAAGACCAGUUCGUUAUUUUGUUCAGACUUUUUUUUUGAGAUGAAUAUAAGAUGAAUAAAAAUUCAAAUAAAAU